AUCCUGCUCUUCUACCUGGUCUUCUACCUGUUUCUGGCGGGCAUGUUUGUUCUCACCAUGUACAUCAUGCUGCUGACGCUCGAUGACUACAAGCCCACCUGGCAGGACCGCCUGGAGACUCCAGGGAUGAUGAUUCGUCCAAAGGGUGACCAGCUGGAGAUCAGUUUCUCCGUCUCAGAAUCUGAGAGCUGGAACGGUUUCAUCCAGAACCUCGACCGCUUCCUGAGUCCGUACGAAGACCAAGAUCAGGUUCAGACCAACGAUAACUGUUCUCCAGAUCAAUACUUCAUUCAAGAGGACAGUGGAGAGGUCAGGAACAACCCAAAGCGUUCGUGUCAGUUUAAUCGGACGAUGUUGGAGGAAUGUUCAGGGAUCUCUGAUCGCUUCUUUGGUUAUAGCAGCGGUCAGCCGUGUGUCCUCAUCAAACUGAACCGGGUGAUCGGUAUGUUGCCGGGGAAGGACGGUCAGUCUCCUUAUGUCACCUGUGGAGCAAAGAGGGAGGAUGGUGAUAAGAUCGGACCUCUGGCGUACUACCCUCCUAACGGGACCUUUAACCUCAUGUACUACCCGUACUACGGCAAGAAAGCUCAGGUAAACUACACUCAGCCGCUUGUGGCCGUGAAGUUCCUGAACGCCUCUCUGAACACCGACAUCGACGUCGAGUGUAAAAUCAACUCCAACACUCUCGCCGAAGGAAGCGAGAGAGACAAGUUCGCUGGACGGGUUUCCUUCAGACUGAGAAUCAACGACAAAUAGACACACACAUAGACACACACACACACACAUAGACACACAGACACACACACACACACACACAUAGACACAC